AUGAAAGGCUCGAAUGACCGACUUCCCGAUAUUUCGGCCUCGGAUUCGCCAGUACCGUCCUCUUCUUCGAGUGAUGGAGAAUCCCCAGUGGAGAAGAAGUCCCUGCGCAAGAAGAUACGCGCCAUUGUCUGGGACACCCUCGAUAGAAGCCCUGAGGAGCGCCGAUUCAUUGCAAAAAUUGACUUUUUCAUUCUCACUUGGGCGGGUUUUACUUAUUUCAGCAAGAAUCUCAACACCAACAAUAUUUCAAACGCAUAUGUCUCUGGAAUGAAAGAGGAGCUCAACGUCGUUGGAAAUGAGUAUCAAACGUUUACCACGAUGUGGACAAUAGGCUAUGUUGUAUCGCAAAUACCGUCGCAGAUAAUAUGCACUAGAGUUCGGCUUUCGCUGUGGUGUCCUAGCUGGGAAUUGUUCUGGGUCAUAGUCACUUUUGCUACCUCUGCCGUUAGGAAUACUCAUCAGCUAUACGCCUGUCGAUUCUUAGUCGGGCUAGCGGAGGGCACUUUUUACCCAGCAGUUCAUACAGUACUUGGAGGCUGGUACACAAAAGAGGAACUCGCAAAGCGAGCUUGUAUUUUUUUCGCCAGCGCAUUCGUGGGCUCGAUGUUUAGUGGCUAUCUGCAAGCUGCUCUAUACACCGGCAUGGACGGUGUGCAUGGUCUAUCGGGCUCUUUCUACGCGCUACCUGACCUACCGAGCAACACUCGUGUCCACUGGCUAUCCGCCAAGGAGAAGCUUCUAGCUCUCGAUCGGAUGAAGCGUGCGGGCAAGCAGCUCGAGGAGCCGUUCACAUUGCAAGGCGCGAAGCGCAUUCUCAAGAAAUGGCACUUUUGGGUCUACACGACUUAUUACACCGAGAACAUUGGAAGCUACAUGAAUCUGUGGUUGAAGAGCCUUGAUCUAUACACUGUUCCGGAGAUAAACACAUAUCCUACUGUCAUCAACGCGAUCACCAUUGUGACCACGCUAUGCUAUGGCUGGACCAGUGACUCAUUACAAGUUCGCGCACCAAUUGUCUACUUCUCGCUCGCUGUUUGUUUCUUUGCGGCAAUGAAUUUGGCCAUUUGGGAUGGCGUGCCUUUUGGUCUGAAAUGGGCAUCCUUCUACCUCACUGGCUUCGCGCAAGGCUCCGGCCCCGUAUUCCUUACUAUGGUUAACGAGCACUGUGCUGGGGAUAGUCUGGAGAGGAAAAUCAUCCUUGGAUCGACCAACUCGGUAGCAUAUGCCUUCAAUGCUUGGAUCCCAUUGUUGACAUAUAACACAACAAAAGAGAUGCUGCGGCUGGACCUCCUCAUCGCAGAAGUGAGCCAAAUGAAGAGGUUUCAAGCAGCCAGGAUACCGACUAGACGAUUGCAAGGGUCACCACGAAGUUACAGGGUUCUUGAGACCAGAAGAGGCUUCUGCAUCACCAAGGACUAUCUUCUCUUCCAAUUGUGGUGGGCUUCAAAAAGCUCGGGCCGGAUACUCAAUUUCAAGCAGUACUCAAGUUACGACACUUGA